AUGAACCGGAUUUUUCAAAAAUGGACUAAGAUUAAGAUGCAGGUUUACAGUUUCAUAAUAUUAAAAGCGCUUUCUUGUAUUUUGCAUGGACCUUUGAUACGACAAGUCAAGUUAGGAGCUUGAUUCGUAAACAGGCAUAGGAAACCUACUUCUAAAAGUCUUUGAGCAAUUGCAAAAAAAGAAAAAUAUUAUAUUGGCUUGUAA